CGCCUGCCUGUCUUGGCAGCGCCCCGCGCGUCUUCAGAGUCAACGGGCUUUGUAAGGUUCCGGCUAGCACUCAGACAUUUGAGCUGGAUGGAAAAGAAAUGACCGUUGCAGAGUACUACAAGUCUCGGCAGUAUAAUUUAAAGUUUCCGAACCUUCUCUGCUUGCAUGUUGGGCCGCCGUUGAAGCACAUUUACUUGCCUAUCGAACUAUGUCGCAUUGAGGAUGGGCAGACACUGAAUCGCAAGGAUGGAGCUAAUCAGGUGGCGGCCAUGAUUAAGUAUGCUGCCACUUCCACCAACGAGAGGAAGGCCAAGAUCAUCCGCUUGAUGGAAUAUUUCAGGCACAAUUUAGACCCGACCAUCAGCCACUUUGGCAUACGUCUGGGCAGUGACUUCAUCGUCGUGAAUACACGCACGCUCAAUGCGCCUCAGAUUGAGUACAAAAACAAUUUGGCCUCGGUGAGGAACGGUUCGUGGCGCAUGGACGGCAUUCAAUUCCUUGAACCCAAGCCAAAGUCACAUAAAUGGGCCAUACUCUACGGCAAGAUUAACUACCUGUAUGUGGACGAGCUUCAGAAGAUGGUUCUUCAGAAGAGUCGCAAAGUCAAUCUGUGCCUGGAUGCCAAGGCCGAGAAACUGUACUACAAGGAUGAACUUCAUAAGUUCCAACAAUCCUACCCCGAGCACAUAAUCUAUUAUCGUGAUGGCGUAAGCGAUGGCCAGUUUCCCAACAUCAAGAAUAAAGAGUUGAGGGGAAUUUCUGCCGCCUGCAGCAAGCUGCACACUAAGCCCAAGAUUUGCUGCGUCAUUGUAGUUAAGCGGCAUCAUACGCGCUUCUUUCCGAACGGAGUUCCAUCGCAAUACAACAAGUUCAACAACGUUGUUCCGGGAACCGUCGUCGAUCGCACCAUUGUCCAUCCCAAUGAGAUGCAGUUCUUCAUGGUCAGCCAUCAGUCGAUUCAGGGGACGGCCAAGCCGACGCGUUACACCGUAAUCGAGAAUACGGGCAACUUGGAUAUUGAUGUACUGCAGAAAUUGACAUACAAUCUUUGUCACAUGUUUCCUCGUUGCAACCGCGCAGUGUCUUAUCCGGCUCCGGCAUAUUUGGCACAUUUGGCUGCGGCACGUGGACGUGUCUACCUUACUGGCUGCACCAAGUUUCGUUCUCCCCAGGAGGAGUACGCAAAGCGUUUGAUAAUGCCAGAGUUCAUGAAGACGAACCCUAUGUAUUUUGUUUAGGCAGAAAACUAACAAAAUAUCUUCACUUCUUCUAAACGAAAAAGAAGUUACAAAAUAUAAAUUAUUGACCCACACCUGUCUUGCCCCUAAUGUAAAAUUUAAU